AUGGAUCCAGACAGCAGCAUGCCCAUCGAUUCUCCCGUCCCUGCUGUGCCUGUAACCCUGCCACCUCUCUCCGAGCUUGCUCCAGAGCCUGUAGAGCGGAUAGUAACGCCCUUGGACCCGAAACCUGCGCAGUCUCUCGACACUCACCUCCCUCCAGUAGCAACCACUUCGCAGCGAUCUCGCAGGGGUUCCCCGAUGGACCCUCAGAGUUAUUCCAACAUUGACCGUCCCCUCAAUGUCACCGACGCCCUGUCCUAUUUGGAUGCCGUCAAAAUUCAGUUUCAGGACCAACCAGACGUCUAUAACCACUUCCUUGACAUCAUGAAGGAAUUCAAAAACGAACAAAUUGAUACCCCGGGCGUAAUAAAGCGUGUAUCUCAUCUUUUCAAUGGCCACCCUAUGCUUAUCCAGGGCUUCAAUACUUUCUUACCUGUUGGCUACCGCAUCGAAUGUUCAAAAGACCCAUAUGAUCCUGGCUACAUCACUGUUACAACGCCGAGCGGAACGACAAUCCAAACCACGGGUAGCGGCUCAGGGAGACUAUCGUGGUCAACCGCUCCUGCUGCACCAGUUCCUCGUCAUGAGCUCGCUCCUGGUUUCAAUACGCCUGGUGAACAUAAUGCUCCUAUGCCCGUGGCGUCACCGGAUCCGAGAACGUAUGGAAUGGAUGGACAGGCCAUCGAACCAGCGGUGCAGUACGUCCAGAAGAUCAAACAGCGGUGUGACCCGGAGACCUAUCGCCAAUUCCUGGACAUCCUUUCGCGGUAUCACCACAAACCAGACACCAUUGAUGAGGAGGAAGUCUCCAAGCAGAUUGCACGUCUAUUCAAGGAUGCCCCCGACCUCCGGGCAGAUUUCCGUGUCUUUAUGCCUGAUCGAAGCCAACAGCUCAUGGAAGACACAGCCACGACCUCUCUCUCACAUGCACGUGACAGGGAGAAAACCCGCCGGACAGGGAAACUCGACUCUGUUGUGGGUUCAAUGAGCAAUCACCACAGUACCAGCAACGCACCUGUUGCCCUCCCUCAGAAACGGAAACGAAAGCCGGCAGAGAAGGAGCGUGAAAGGGAGAAGGAGCCUACGCCCGUCAAGACUGUGGCACCCCCAGCCAAGAAAGCAAAACAUGGCUCUUCAACGCAAGAUGUUUUGCCUACGUCCUACCCCACUCCAAAACCCAUCGCAUCUGCACCUUCCUCUCCUCGUCGCUCAUCCCACCAAGUGUUGCCUCCCCAAGAGGUUGCCCCACGAGCGCCUCCGGUCCACGACAAAACCUUAUUCUUUGAUCGUGUCAAACGUGCCUUGGAUAACCGAGACCUUUACAACGAAUUCCUCAAAUUGGCCAACUUGUUCGCUCAUGACUAUAUCGAUACUGCCCGCCUUGUGAAAGAAAGCAGGAACUUCCUGGGAAAUACCGAGCUGUACACACAGUUUAGGGAAAUACUUGGAUGGGACGAUAAGAAAGAGCGAGAACAUUUUUUGUCCGAGCAGCAUACCCAAAGUAAUUGGGCUAAACCUGCUAUCGCUGGGCUCCCGGAGAGGCCAGGUAGAAUUGACUUAGGCGAGAAGUAUGGGAGCUACAGGAGGGUGUCUGCCACGGAUGCGAACGUGCCCUGUUCUGGACGAGAUGACAUGUGUCGCUCUGUCCUCAACGACGAGUGGGUGUCGCAUCCAACUUGGACCAGUGAAGACUCCGGAUUCAUUUCACAGCGAAAGAACAUCUACGAAGAGGCGCUUCACCGAAGCGAAGAGGAGCGACACGAAUACGACUUCCACAUCGAAGCCAUCGUCCGCACCAUUGCGAUGCUCGAACCUAUCAACAACAAAAUUGCCCAGAUGAACCCAGAUGACCGGGCGUCGUUCAAGCUAAAACCCAACCUCAAUGGCACAUGGAAGGCCAUUCACCAGCGUGUGAUAAAGAAGAUCUAUGGGCGUGAGGCGGGGCUUGAUGUCAUCGCGGCGAUGCAGGAGACGCCUGCGGCUGCUAUUCCAGUCGUGCUGCAGCGGCUGAAGCAAAAGGAAGAAGAGUGGAAGCGCGCGCAGCGGGAGUGGAACAAGGUCUGGCGUGAUGUUGAUGCGCGCAAUUACGCCAAGAGUCUGGAUUGCCAGGCGGUUAUGUGGAAGGUGUCCGACAAGAAAGCCAUCACCGUCAAGGCGUUUGUGAAUCAGGUCGAGACUGCGCGGGAGGAGCAGCACGCUAAGCGUGCUGCGCUCAUUGACCCACUAUUUGCUCGCACUCGUCCGCGCUAUCAACUUUCCUUUGAGAUUGAUGUGGAUGAGGGAAUUUUACAGGAUGUCGUCAAGCUCACUUUUUCGUACCUUGACCGAACACAGGGCCAACUGUCGGCGGUUGAGCGGAAGCGAAUCGAGAACUUUAUGCGGGUGUUUGUCCCCCUGUUUUUCGUGAUUGGUUCUGUGGAGUUCAAUGCAGGCCUGGUUCACCAGGAGACGGUUGUGGAGAGCGACGUAGAGGUGGGCAACAACGGGGUGCCCAGCGACGGUGAGGACGUGGGUGAAGGCCCGUCGUCAACACCUCCGCCCCAGGCCCCCGUUGCGAAGGGACGAAACGGACGCAAGCACACUGCAAAUGUGUCGUCUGGGGGCGAUCUGCGCAAGAAAUUGCUCAAGAGCGAACAGGCGAAGAUGACUAACCGCAAGACGCGGGGCGGCCCGUCUCCAGCCGUAUCCCGGUUCGCUUCUCCCGCCGUCUUAGACGAUGAGCGUGGGGUGGGCGGCGAGGCGAUGUUCGUAUUCCCUCCUGGUGCGGGCAAGCGGUCCUCCAAGUUUAAUAACGUGUUCUUCACCAAUACCUCAUUCUAUGCCUUGAUGAGGUUAAUCGAGCUUUUAUAUGCGCGAUUGAAGGUGUUCAAGGGCAUUGCCGCUGAGCUUGCUUCAAAGGACGAGUCAUCGUCGAAGGGAAAGGCUAAUGCGAACAAUGCAGCAACAAAGGAUAACAAGCACCACUACGAAAUCUUGCUUGGACAGUGUGAGGCCUUAUUCACAAACGAGCUUGAGCAACACGUGUUUGAGGAUCAGACAAGGGCUGUCUUUGGAUACAAGGAGGCUUAUAAGAUCUUCACCGUCGAUAAGGUCGUCAGUGCAAUUAUCAAGCAGGUCCAAUCGAUCAUCUCGGACCCCAAGAGCCAAGAAUUGCUUGAGCUUCUCAAGCGUGAGAGGUCGUUGAACUCACCCACAACUCAAGACAGAAUCAACUACCGUCAUCAAGCGGAAAAUAUUUUAGGACCCGAUGAAAAUGUUUUCCGCAUCGACUGGCUAUCUGAAAGCAAAACGAUGACGAUACAGCUUAUUGGGAAGGAUGACUCCAUGUUUGACGAUUCCGAGGCGCUGACAGGGAGGUGGCAGUCCUAUGUUGAUGCUUUCGUCUCGGGAGAUACGACUGAAGGGGUUCUACAAAGUCGCGUCAAGAAACCGUACCUGCGAAGGAAUCUCCCUUCUGCCGUGAAAGAGACCGUACCCGAUGUUUCUUCACAAGACGGUUUAGAGAUAAAAGUCUGCUUACGGACUUACAGAUUGUUCUAUGGCUCCCAUACAGAGGAUAUCAUGUGGAAGUAUCGGAGUAAGGAUGAGGUAGAGAGGAAUUCCGUGCAGUUGGCAGCUAGGAACGCCUUACGGAGGAAGUGGUUAGCCAAUCUCAAUUCCUCGAAAACAGAUAGCGCAAUUGUGGCUCCUGGUUCGAGCCCGAGUGAAGACGUUGCACUGCCGGUGGCAACGACUGAGACGACGACGACGUCAUAA